UUAUAAUAUUGUUAUGUCGUAUUUCUCUUGAGGUACAAAGACUGUCGGAGUCAGAACUAAUGGAAUUUCAGUGUUAUGCUGAAUUUCUUUAUUCAGUGAAUAAGAGACUGCAAUAAUAUCACGAUACCCGGAUACUUUUAGUCGAAUCAACGGAAUAAAACAAAGGGAAGAAAAUAUAGUGAAGUAAUAAAGGAAAAUAGUGAGGGAAAAAAAGGACACGUAAUACUAGCAGAUUUAUAAAUGCUCACGUAACAUAUGUACGGUCGAAAUAAAAUAGGCACGUGUGUUUUAUAUAAAAAAAAAAAAAGGGAAAAUGAUACUGAGGGCAGAAAGCGAAGAAAAUAUCGACCGGCAUAAUGCAAAAGGUCUCAACUACACCGUUGCUAAUUUCAGAAAACGUUUCAGGCUCAAGGAGCAUAAUAAUGAUGAGAAAGCAGCUCUACUCCCAGAGCAGCGGAGCUGAGCCGCAAAUAAUAGUUGAAGAGAGUACUCUAGGUGAAGAGGAAGCCGAGCGACGUAGAAAUGAAUCUCCUCCACGUUGCUUAGACCCAGACUCACCUUCACUCAACCCAUAUUUACUUUCUCCAUGGCGAGAAACCCGCAAGCACUCUCUCCCCACCCCACAAUGCACUACAGGGAUCACUGCUUCUCAGGUAAGACGUCUGAGUGAACGAGGAGGUGAAGGCAGCGGUCCAUCACCAAGAGAAGCUGCUUUUCUGGCGACGUUGUCACAAGCCCCAGCACCGCAACCUGGUGGACGGAGACACUCCGUCGUCACUAUCUCCAAAGUACCUCCCACACUGUUUGGUCGCAAUCGUCGUGAGUCCAUCGCAGCACUUCCGGGAGCGACACGGAUACUACCGAUCAGACGCGACUCCGCUUCCUCGGGAGUCACCGGACCCCCGAGCAAUUCUGGAAGUACUCAUAAUUUACAGUUGGAUAUUAUGGACGAUAUCGCGGAGAUCAAGGCGCGAAAGGUACGCUUGAAGAUGUGGAAAACCCCAUCAAGAGAACGAGUGUGUGAAGUCCAGCCCCUUGAAGGUAAUUCCUUAUCACAGAGAUACACUCAGCAACAGCAAAGACGUUACUCAGAUUUCGCCGCCAUUCCCUCAUCGUCGUCAUCAUGUUCAUUGUCGGGUACGAAUCAGGCCUCGACGUCACGUAGACGCGCUUCUGAAUUUCCUCGGACACUGAUGAAUGCAUCAUCACCGGGUAUUGUUUGUUCCAAUACUGACUUGAUAUCUAUUCUCAGCUCAUUGACUUCCUCGGCCACGGAAAUAAACCGCUGCGGCGAAGAGCCCUCGCGCGAUGAAAAAACAACGAGAAAUCUCGAGCAAAAGAGACGUCGGUUGAAGGACCACCGAUCAAACAGUUUCGACAUAUCGAUACUUCACGGCACGGGAAAUAGACGAACCAGCAUUGAAAAGAACUCGACAGACAGCCCGGCGCCUUCGAGCUGGUUCGCGAACCGGCACCAGCCCAUGUGGAAGAAACAGAAAAGUACAGAUCUUCCUUCGUCCUCGAUAAAGCUCGAAAAAUUUAAAGUUAUGAAAGUCGUAAAAGAAUCACUCGCCAAGUCCUCUUCGCCGCCAAAAGAGUCCAGGCACAAGGUAGUUUGGGACGACGACAGCGGCACCAGAGUUGACGCCCAAGUCCUCGGGUCCGCCAUCGAAGAAUUUCUGACAUCCCAGCGCACCGCCGAGCUCGACUCUCCGUUGACCUCUUCAGCAAAACCCGUAGCUUCCCCGGGAAAACCGAAAACCGGUAAAGUUACCAGUUGGUUCGCCGGUAACAAGGAACCGGAAACAGAAGCCUGCGACUCGUCUAUAUGUUCAUCCUUAAAAGAUCUCUUUGUCAAAUAAAUCCGUGGAGUAUUUUUUUAAAAUUAAUUUUAUUGUAAUGAUAUUUUAUGUCUUUGCUGGUCAAAGGCCUGGAGAAUUUCAAAUAUUCAUACGUGUAUUUAUUAAAUUCAUUAAAAGUCUAUUGAAACCAUUGAAAUAAAAUUAGUAACCAUCAAAACACACACACACACAAAUAAAUAUAUAUAUUAAAGUGCUUUGUCUCAAACUUAUGUUUAUUUUUUUUUUCACUGACUAAAAUUUCAAAAAAAUUUCUGAAAAUUUCGGCUUUUAAUUUAAUUAUAAAUAUUCCCAUUCGAAUAUCAGUUUUUCCAUUCAAAAAUUACGACUUAUCAUGAAAAUAUUCUUCAAACGGGCAGUAAUUGCGGUAACGCGAACUGUUUACUUGAGAACCGCCAAAAAUUUUUUUCAAAAUCGUCCUUGUUUUGCUAUUUGAGUGUAAACUACUGAAGAUACAGCAAAAGUCUUCGAGACAAUUUUGUAAAAACUUUAAUUCUCUUCAAAAAAAGUCUGUAGGUCGUCGCUAAACUCCAUAGUUUACGAGCUACCGAAAUUCAAAUGAUUUAAAAAAAUAAAAUAUCAAAUUUAUUUUUUCCCGCAAAAUUUAUUUUCAAAAUCACUAGAAUCAUUACAAAAAAAAAACUUCAAUCGAUCAAAAGUACUCGAAACUACACAGUUGAAAAUUUUAUGUUCUUGUGUAUAAAAAUUCAAUGGUUAAAUAUUUAGUGUCAAUUAUUUGACACCAUCAAGUGUAAAUUUAACUAAAGUUGAAUAUGUUAUCUGAUCUCAACAAGUUUUAAACCUGUUUUAUUGUUUGACACAAGUAUAAUGUGUUAAAUUAACACAAAAAAUUGCGUGGACCGUUUGGGACAUAUGAUUUGUGUUAAAUUUAACACAAAUUUUUCAACUGUGUAAGCCCAACAUCUGAAAUUUUUAAAUAAUUUUUUCCCCAAAUAAUUUCAUUGCGUCAGCGAAAAAAAAAAUGUCCAUUUGAAACCAAGCACCCUAAUGUAUAUUCAUAUAUAUGUACAUACAAUGAAAGUUAAUGACCCGAUUACAUAAUCAGCGGGUAAUUGUAUAAUCAGUAGAGUCAGUGAUAAAUAAAGAUUACGACAAAUUCAAGGACCAUAUUAUUUAAUUGUAUAGACAAUCGAUAACAAGAUACCGGAUAUCUUAACAACAAAAUCAUCACACCGUGAUCACUACUGAAACUGUAAACACUCUUAUUGUUUGAAUUAUGUUAUUGCGUUACAUAAUAAUUAUAAAUUACACAUUAUAACAAAAAAACAAACAAAGUCUUAGUGUCAUGAUUGAUAAUAAAGAUAAAAAUAAAUGAAAUAAAAAUAAUACUCGUAAUUGUGCAUGACGAACCCCAGCCAUUGGUGAUGUAUAUUAAUCUGUCAAUGUUAUUCUUAUGUAAAUAGAUUUGACACUAUGUAACAGUUGAUAAUAUAUGUCCUACAACGUUAAGUUAAGUACGAAUAGUAUAAUAAUAAUGAUAAUAAUUUAAAAAAGGCCAUUACCUAAUAAUAAUAAUAUACCUUUUUAUGUCACGUGCAAUCGCAGUCUGGCAAAUAACGGACCUGGUUGCACUGACUUAAUACUUUGAUGGGAUAACGAGUAAUGGAAAUUCAGUGGUUUAAUAAAACCAACUCGACUAAUGACAAUGAUGACAAGACAAAUGAUGAAUUACCAUCAUACCAUCACAGUCCCACCUUGAUCGCUAAUUUAAAUGCCGGAUUUAUUUAAUACUUUUAAAUUAUAUGUAUCUGUAAUUGUUGUACGUUAUGUAAAAUAAAUAUUUAA